AUGCCGUCAGUAGUAGCUGAGAUUGUUGUAGCCUUACUUAUACUGUGUACAGGUGCUUGUAACAGUAUAGUUAGCAAAUUAUUAUAUCAAACAGAUGGAAAAACAUUUGAUGGUACCAUCAAAUAUUUCGAAAAGCCCUGGCUUUUAACUGCAGUUAUGUUUUUAGGUGAAUUCUUCUGUUUAAUCAUCUAUGGCAUUAGCUGGCUUAUUUUCAGAUGCACCAAGAAAGAAGAAGAGGAAGAAAAUUCCCUUGAUUCGAUGUCUCAAGAGGAAGAUCCGAAGAACGACAAAAUCAUUUUCAUCGCAAGAGAAGAUGUUGAAGGUGAUCCGACCAGUGGACUUAAGUGGAAAUAUCCCCUCUAUGUUCUGUUGUUCGCUGCUUGUGAUUUAAUUUCAACAACAAUGAUGAGUAUUGGUCUUGUAUACUGCAAUGCUUCUGUUAUUCAGAUCAUCAGAGGUAUGGUUAUUGUAUUUACACUUCUCUUCUCUUGGGCUUUCCUUGGUCGCAAACCAAAUCUUUUCCACGUUACCGGAGUUCUUUUCGCCCUUGUUGGUUUAGUUCUCGUUGGUGUAUCUGCUGUUAUGAGUGAUGAUUCUGGAACAACGAAGUUCCAAGGUAAGUCACUUCUCGGUAUUGGUCUUACAUUAAUUUCACAGAUCUUCUCUGCCAUUCAAUUCACCUUCGAAGAGAAGUUAUUGAAGGGCAUUAAUAUUCCUCCGCUAUUCUUGGUCGGAAGUGAAGGUUUGGCUGGUUUCAUCUUAUGCUGCGCCAUCGCAUUACCAGCUGCAAACGCCAUUCACGGCAAUGAUUAUGGUGUCCAAGAAUACUUCAAGAGUACAAUAUACAUGACAUUCCAUAUCCCACAAGUUACCGCAUUAGUUUUCACAUCCGCAAUCGCUGUUUGCAUUUUGAACUGGACAUCCUUCGUUUACGUCAAAUACCUUUCUGCUGUUGCAAGAACAUUAGUUAAUGCCUGCAGAACAAUCCUUGUUUGGAUCAUCAUGGUCAUCCUUUACUACGCUUCAAAGCAUACAUACGGUGAAGCUGUUAACUACUGGUCAAUCUUACAAGCCGCUGGUUUCAUCUUGAUGAUGGUCGGUACUACAGCUCAUAACAACAUUGCUGGUUUCGGCGAAAGAAUCAUCAGAAUUACAUGCUGCUGCUUCUUAGACGAAAACCAGGCAGAACAGAAGAUAGAUGAUGAGGAGAAGAAAUUAGAUUCUUCUGCUUCUAGUGAAGAAAAGAAGGACUCUACCGUCUCGAAUGAAAGCGAAGAGAAGCAAGAAGUAUAA